AUGGACGCCAUAACGGGCCUCUGGGCAGAGCUGACUUGCGAUAUAUGCGGCGAGCUGUUCAACAAUGCGCAUUCAUUCAACCCGGGGUGCGGCCACACCUUCUGCCGGGAGUGUGUGGUGCCCACAAUGGAGGGCCCCGGCAUCGUCAAGUCCCAGUGCCCCACCUGCGGCCAGCCCGCCUGGAAGCGGGACCUAGUCUUCAACAGGAAGAUCCAGUCCAUCGUGGAGCGCGCGCGCGGCCUCUGCACCGCCUGGCUGGGUGGCCACUCGCCGCGGCGCGGCGGCGGCCUAAGAUCUGGCCCUCGACGGCGGCCACUGCCGCAUGGUCAGCCGGGCGGCGCUCAGCACGGCAGUGGCGAGGAGGACGGCCAUCAGGCGUGUGGCCAGCAGGAGAGGCAGGGGGCGGGCCCACAGGAGCAGGCUGGGGGGCGUGGCGCCGGGGACGGGGCUGCUAUGGGCGGUACGCCAGAGGCAAUAGUGAAUCCCGGUGAUGCGAGGGAUGGAGGCCACUUGUCCACAGACAGGCCUGUGGGGAGUGAGCUGCACCAAGAGCAGCAUCUGCAUCAGCACGAGGAGCAGGAGCGGCAGCAGGAGCAGGCGCCAUUACCGCAGCAACAGCACCGGCAGCAGCAACAGGAGGAGGUGGAGGAGGAAAGGUGCGAUGAAGAGCAGGGGAUGCAGGAGCGGGAGCAGGAGCAGAACCGCCAGGCGUGGUUUUGGGGAGCGCCGGCUGGCAGGCAGCAGUGGCUGGGGCAAGAGCAGUCGCAGCCCGACCUGCAUCAGGAGGAGCACCAGCCGCAAGAGCAGCAGCAGCAGCCGCAGCAGCAGCCGCAGCAGCCGCAGCCGGAACAGCCGCAACAUCAUCAGCAGCAACAGCCAGAGGAAGAGGAGCAACACCAGCAGCACCCGCAACAGCACUUUCGGGCAAGCCCCCCGCCACUUGCAGGGACCACAGACACAGUGACACACGUGCCCGACAGCGGCAGCAGCUGGGGCGCCGCCGCCAGCGACGCGGCCGCGGCCGCGGCGCAGCGCGCAAGCCUCGGGCGUGCACCGUUGGACGCCUGGCAGGAUGAGCAAGACCGUCGGCUGCAGCCGCAAUCGCCGGAGCAGCUGCAGCACCUGGACGCGAUCGACGUUGUGCCUGACAGCCUGGACCCCUCCCAGCAGGUCCGCUUGCGCCCUGGCAGCCCAACGUUGCCGACUUGGGGCGCGCUAGGGGCGCCAGCAGCAAGCCUGCUUGGCGGCAGCGCCGCCGCCAUGCUGGGCGAGGGUGGCGCGGUACCAGAAGCUGACGUGGCAGCGGGCGGCUGUGGGGCCUUGAGCCCGCGUGGCGGCGAGCUGAGCCCGGACUGGGUGCCAUCCUCGCCCGGCGUCAUCCAGGGCCCGGAGGAUCACCAGCAGCAGCAGCAGCAGCAGCAGCAGCAGCAGCAGCAGCAGCAGCAGCAGCACUGGCAGCAUUGGCAGCAACAGCAGCAGUGGGAGGCAGGGAUGGCGCCUUGUGACGCCUCUGCGGCAGCCCCAGCGCGCCAUACGGCAGCCGCCACCAAGAUCGGAGUGCCUGGUGGCUGGGACAAUGGAGGCUGCAGCCGCGGCGACGGCAACGCCAACUCUUUCCAUGCUUUGUUGUGGGAUCUCCUCGCCGCGGCGGAGCAGGCAGGCGCCAAUGGUGCCGCCCCGCCCCUCGCAGACGACGCCUGCGCCUCGCCUGCCUGCAGCGCGGAGGCGCUCCCCCACCGCCGCGGACGCUCGCCGCUCGCCGAUGCCGAGGCGGCGGCCGCCGCUGGGGCUCUGGCCUUCAACCCGGCCGUCGCGUACCAGAUCACGCGGCUGCCCCCGCUGGACCCCAACGAAAUGGCAGGGCUGGCGGCAGAGCAGCUGGAAUUGGAGGCACACCUUCAGGAGAUGCUGUCACUGCUGGCUGCUGCGAGAACCAAGGAAGCCGCCAUGCUUGGCGGCUCGCUGGGCUGCGACGCAGGGGCGGGGGCAGCGGUGGGCGUGCAGGAUGAUUUGGUGUUUGCUGCGCCAGAGGCCGCAGUCCUGGGCCUGGGGCAGGACUACGAGCAGGAGGAUGGCAUUCCCUCGCCGCAACCCAAGGGCAAGGGGCCUGCGCCCGCGGCUGCCGCAGUGCAGGACACGCAGCGGGGAGCGUGCGGGCGGGAGCAGCUGCGGCGGCUGUCCGAGCACCCAGGGGACCUGGAGCGGCAGUGUGAGGGGGAGCAGCAAAAGGCCGUGCGUGGCGGGUUGGAUGAUGAGGGCGGCACGGCCGCGGCCGCAAAGGCGCAGCGCCGCGAGCCAUUCCAGGAGCUGCAGCCGAAGCAGCCGCAGCAGGCAAAGCAGGCGCAGCAGCCGAAGCAGCCAAAGCAGGUGCAGCAGCCGAAGCAGGCACAGCAGCCGAAGCAGCCGCAGUCGCCCGAGCAGCCGCAGCAGCUGCAGAAGGCGCAGCAGCUGCAGCAGCCGCAGCCCGCACAGCGGGAGCCAGCGGCUUCCCAUGUGAAGCAGCACGAGGUCUGCGUGCGUCCAGAGCAGCGGCAAGGUCAGGGCGUGAACACGCAGCAGCAGGAGCAGCAGCAGGAGCAGCAGCAGCAGCCAUGUGAUGGCGCUACCACUACCGUGGGCGUGGGAGGUGCCCCCAGCCGUCGCGACGGCGAGCCCCCCGGCCCAGCCAAGCGGCGGCGCCUGGGUCUGAGCCACGCGCGGCCCCAGCACUCGGGUGCAGUUUCAGGCAGCGGUGGCGGGGCGACCUCCGGGGGCGGGGCGCCUUCCAGCACCACGGCCGAGCGGUCAGGCGGGCCGGGCGCGUGCCUAAUGCCGCGGCAGCGGGUUGAGGGGCUUGCAAUGGAGCCAUGCGCAUCCAAACUGCAGCAGCUGCCGCAGCAGCCGCAGCAGCAGCGGCAGCAGCAGCAGAAGCAGCAACAGCAGCAGGAAAAGGAGCCGCCGCAGCAGCAGCAGCAGCAGCCGCAGCAGCAGAAGCAGCCGCAGCAGCAGCAGCCGCAGCAGCAGCAGCAGCAGCAGGCAGGGCAGGAGCAGGAGACGGCAGGCGGCAUGAAGAGGGGCCAGCAGCAGCAGCAGCAGCAGCAGCAGCAGCAGCAGCAGCAGCAGCAGCAGCAAGAGCAUGGACAGCAGAAAGCGCCCGGGCAGGCGGAGCAGGGGGCACUGUGGCAGCAGCUGCAGCAGCGGCUGAAGCAGAAGAAGCAGCGGCAUCAGCAGCAGCGGCGGCAGCAGCAGCCCCCAGAAAACACCAUGGCUGCACUCGCGCCGAAACCGCCGCGCGCAGCAGAGGGCCGGCGCCACGACGGCCCCAAGCAGCAGCAGCAGCAGCUGCAGCAGCAGCAGCAGCAGCAGCAGCCGCCGCAGGAAGGGGGGCAGGAGCGCCAGGCGGCCAGAACGGCAUCGGGCGAGGCGCCGAUCGCAUCGCCGCUGCCCCGGCCCGCGCGCCGAAGCCCACCCGGCAAGCGGCCGCGCGGCGGCGACCGCGCCGCGUCCGUCACGGCGCUCUCCCCACGGGGAGGGGCGGCGGGCGAGGAGGGGCCGGACGAGCCGCCGCCGGCUGGCCGGCACAAGGCGUGCGCAGCGGCAGACCCCGCGGCGCCCAGGCUGCUGCGGGCCAGACCCCCCAGCCCCGAGCGCCCCAAGGUUCUGGCCUCCAUUGCGCUCGAUCUGGUGGGGCUCUACAUCGAAGUGCUCUGGCCCAAGGACAAAACUUACUACCGGGGCCGCGUACUGGAGUACCGCCCCAAAUCACGCGAGCACCUCAUUGCCUACGACGACGGCGACAGGGAGUGGGUAGACCUGGACCGCCAAAACUGGAUUCGGUCAGAGGCGCAGGGCCCCGGCGGGGGCAAGGAGGGCGGCGCCGGCGCGGCCGAGGCGGAGGGCGGCCGCGGGGGCGCCGCGGCGCCGCAGCGAGAGGGUUUGGUGGCGGACGGGCCAGACGAGGGGCCGCCGCGGCGCCGGCGCCGCAGCUGCGAGCCCGGGGACGACAGCGGCAGCAGCGGGGACGACAGCCGGGACGGGGACUGGCGGGAACCGUGCCCGCGGCGCGCCAGGAAAGCCAAGGACGCGCCCGGCCGCCGCCGGGAGCGGCGGCGCGAAAAGGAGGCGCGCGGCGAGCGGGGGCGCCGGCAAAAGCGGGACAAGGAGCAGCGGCCGCCGAAGCGGGAGCGGAAGCACAAGCGGCAGCAGGCGGCCCUGUCGCUGUCAGCGGCGCCCUCCGACGUGGUCGGAGCCGGCUCAAAGGGCGCUAGCGUGCCGUUGCUCGCAGGGCUCGCAGCGGCACCAAGGGAUGCUGCAGCGGCUGUGCGUGGCCAGGAGACGCAUCAGCCGCGGCAGCAAGCGUCGCAGCAGGUGGCGCGCGGCGCCCUCCCGCCCCUGCUCGCCGCUGCCGUCGCCGCAGAGGCCGCGAUGGCCGAGCAGUCGGCGCCCCGCGCCUCCGGCUCCCCUGCGGGCGCCUCCAGGCCGCCGCCAGACGCGAGCCUGAGCUCUGGCGGCCUGGGGCUGGCCGCGAGCCUGUUUGGAGACUUUGUGGCAGAGGUGGGCCGGCAGCGGCAGGAGCAGCAGCCCGAGCAGCAGCAGCAGCAGCAGCAGCAGCAGCGGCGGGGGGAGGUGGGGCGGGCGACAGAGGGUUGCGCAGCGAAAGAGGCACCCCCUGUCCACGGCAGCGGCCCACACAGGAGUAAGGAGGCCUUGGCGGUUGCGGCUGGCGCAGGACAGGAGGGGCCGCAGCCGGCGCUGGCGCCGGCGCCACGGGGGCGGAGACGGAGGCCGGUGGAGGAGGACUCGUGGUCGGCGCACGAGGGCGACACAAUCGCGCCUGCACCACCUCGGCAAAAGCAGAAGAAGCAGAAGCAACUCAAGCUGAAGCAGCACAAGCAGAAGGAGCGCACGCAGAAGGAGCACAAGCAGCAGCAGCAGCAGCAGCACCCGCAGCAGCAGCAGCCGCCGCCGCAGCAACAGCAGCAGCAGCACCCGCAGCAGCAGCAGCCGCCGCCGCAGCAACAGCAGCAGCAGCAGCAGCGGCAGCAGCGGCAGCAGCAGCAGCAGCAGCAGCAGCAACAGCGGCAACAGCAGCAGGAGCAGAAGGAGCACAAGCAGCAGCAGCAACAGCCGCAGCAGCAACAGCCGCAGCAACAACAACAGCAACAUCAGCAGCAGCAGGAGCAGCAGCAGCAGCAGCAGCAGCAGCAGCAGCAGGGCGGCCCCAUGGUCGUGCUGGUCGACAGCGAGGCCGUGCCCACCCACAGGAAGGGCAUGGCAGCCCUCAAGCAGCAGGCGCAGCGCCUGGGCUGCGUGCUGGCCAAGCGGCCGCACCGGCGGGAGCUGGGCUACGUGGUGCUGCUCGGCGGCGCGGCCCCAAACACACAGGCGCGCGUGUUGCAUAUGGUCAAGCGCAGCGCGUGA